AUGGAUAACAAUAUCUUUAUAUUUUUUUUGGAGAAUAACCGUGGCUGCGGACGUGGCCAUAAUAUAAGACGUCCUGCUGCUGUGGGAAAUCACGGACAUGAUGGAAAGACGCCACUCACUUCUUCCGAUGAAACAGAAAUUCGACGAUUUUUACAAGAAGAAGUGUUGUCAUAUGAUAAACACUUGCCUACACUGCCACUGACGAUUCCUGAUCCGGUACAGAGAUUGAAUGUGGCGCGUGUCGACAGCCUUGAUGCACUAGUAAACUCUGGCAGUGGUUUUCGCUUGAUGACCAGCUGUGUCGCUGAUGAUAUGAUGGAUUCUUUAUGUCAUUUGACCACGGAUAGGUAUGCCGUGAACAGUAAUGUUGACGGCGUUCUUCAGCACGCACAGGUACUACGACAUGAUCUUGAAAUGAAACGGUGUUAUAUGUUUAUAGUAUGUACUGAUUGUGGAUUAUGGUUACCUGUAUGGGUGAAUUAUCAGGAAGAUCGUCUUCCCAACGCGUGGAACUUUUUUGCAACUGUUAUGGAGAAUCACUCUUCUAAGAAAAUGGUGGCACUAUUGGUUUGCAUGGCAGAGGGAAUGGAAUUGCUAUCAGAAAAGGCACACCUUCUAAUCCAACUGAUUCCCUCGUUCAUAAAGAACUUCCCUUUCACGUGUGAACAAUGCCAAAUUUCUUCGUUUUCUACACUAGACGAAAUGGAUCUACAUUUUCAAACGGUACAUCGUAUAAAAUACAAAUGUAAUGUGUGUGGAGAAUGCAGCGGUACCGAACUUUACCACAAAGCUCAUCUUGCAUCCCAUCUUGAUGAUUGUCUUAUUCUUGCUGACUGCUUGCGUAUGACUUGUACGUUUCAUCCACCACUUCACUGUGAUGGACCUUGUGUAAUCGGUGCGGAGAAACGUCUUCCAGCUAGUAGUGGUUCGACGGCAAUGGAUACUCCAGUGCCUUUCUGCCACAAUUCACUUGCCUCACUAUACUGCCUGCCAGUGCAUGGGAAUGGAGAGAUUGAAUGCCCAUCUUGUUCCGUGAUGUUAUGCUCUAUCCCAGCCUUUGGUGCUCAUAUGGUGAUUCAGCAUGGAAUCGAUGUUUUAUAUCCUCCUAAUGACUGUCAUGGCGUCGGUUUAGACAUAAAGCCGACGAUCCUUAUCGAUGGGUCUGCAGCUGUUCUUCUCGAUGUGGCGUCUUUGUCUCGCAUCGAACCAGAUCUUCCUCGGUUGAACAUUUCGAGUCACCCAUACUCAUCCGUUGACGCUCGUUUAUCACCGACAUCGACAAGAAUCGUCGGCUCUGAUGAAGACGAGGACGUCGAAACGUUAGCCAAACAAACACCUCCGUGUCCCUCAUACGGUACUCCACAAGAUAUCACCUCUCGUCCCACUGACAACAGAUCGCAUGUCGCUCGUGAAACGGACGAGGUCCUUUGGUUGCUAAACGGAACCCUGCAACCGAAACCGCGAACAGCUCCCAGCUUAUAUCUGUAA